GACACAGACCCCUUGGGCUGACGCAUGGUAAGCUAUUACAGACACUGUCUGCGCACCACCCAGGGGACUGUCCAUGAUAUUGUAUGUUGUGCUUUGGCAAGUAUCUGAUAGGAGACAUUGAGGAGAGAGAUCGGUCGCCAAUUUUGGAUGUCCUCCUUGUUGCCCUUCUUGUAUAUCACCGAGAUAAUGUCGUAGGACAUGUUCAGCGCUGCCAUGAGGAGUUUAAGGAGGGGAAAGGUCUUUGCAGCGCGUUGGAGCAAUUUUUCGACGACGACGACGAUAUCACGGAUGGUCAUCAUGACAACAACGCCAUCGCUGAUGAUGCCACCAAGACUGUCAGUGACGAGGACGAUAAGCAUCUUAUCUGCAUCGCGGAAAUCCGCAACAGCAACAACAACAACUACAAACUGACGGUGUUUGUGGGGCAGGCCGCAAACAUCAACAAUAACAACUACACUGUGUGCGACGAUGGAAUGGGACGAGGGAUCCUGAGAUUGUGCGCGCUUAGGAGAGUUAACGAUUAUAACAACAACAACGACGAUGACGAUACAGCUGGUGGCAACAAAAAUAACAACAACAAAGGUGACGGAGUCGACAUUGGCGGAGUGGCGGAUGUGCAACUUUGCAAUCUGGACCUCCCCAUUUGGGCAUUGGCCUUUUGGAAUAGCGCCUCGGAGAAGUUGGCAAGUACUGGGGCAUUUUGCAAAGUUGGACGAGGGCCGCGGGGAAACAUGAGCGAUGUGCUGCUCUCGAUGGAUGGUGGAAACCGGCAGGAGGCGAACCUUUUUUCUUUCGUGGAAGGUGUGGUGAAGUGCUCCGCGUGGAAGAGUGCGGCGUCAGCGCGUUCUCUGCUUGGUAAUUGCAGGGAAAAAGUUCAGCUUCAACGGAUCGGUUCUGGAAAGGAGGCAAUAGAGGGGGGGGAGAGAGACGAGAAUCCUAGUGGCGAAAGGGGGAAGAAGAAGAAGGGUAAGCACAAGACCGAGAAGCCGUGGGACUCGGAAGAUAUCGAUCACUGGAAGAUCGAGAAGUUCGAACCCAGUCAUAAUCCGAGCGGCUUGCUGGAGGAGACGUCCUUUGCCACUCUUUUUCCCAAAUACCGCGAGAAGUAUUUGCGAGAUGUCUGGUCUAUUGUUAAGAAGGCUCUGAAGGAGGUUGGUAUCGCGUGUGAGCUCAAUCUGGUCGAAGGAUCCAUGACCGUCUCCACCACCCGCAAGACCUUCGACCCCUUCAUCAUCGUGAAGGCGAGGGAUCUAAUCAAGCUUUUGUCCCGGAGUGUUCCCGUCACCCAGGCUCUCAAGAUCCUUGACGAUUCCGUGCAAUGUGACAUCAUCAAAAUCGGCGGCAUUAUCCGAAAUAAGGAGAAGUUUGUGAAACGGCGCCAGCGCUUGAUUGGCCCCAACGGCUCCACUCUUAAGGCCAUCGAGCUAUUGACUAAUUGCUAUAUUCUGGUUCAGGGCAACACUGUCUCCGCCAUGGGCCCGUUUACGGGGCUGAAGGUGGUGAGGCGAGUGGUCGAGGAUUGUAUCAAGAACGUUCACCCGAUCUAUCACAUCAAGGCGCUGAUGAUUAAAAGGGAGCUUGCGAAGGAUCCGGAGAUGGCGAAGGAGAAUUGGGAGAGGUUUCUUCCCAAGUUCAAGAAGAGGAACGUGAAGAAGAAGCAGGAGGCGGCGAAGAAGAAGGAAAAGAAGGCGUAUACGCCGUUCCCGCCGCCGCAGCAGCCAAGCAAGAUCGACCUGCAGUUGGAAAGCGGAGAGUAUUUCCUCAGUGAAGAGGCGAAGAGAGUGAAAAAGUGGAGUGACAAAUCAGAGAAGCAGGCAGAGAGAGUGGCGGAAAAGAAGAGGAAAAGGGAAGAGGCAUUUGUUCCUCCCAAGUCUGCAGGGAAAUCCGCUGCUGCUGCUGAUGGGAAACCGGAACGAGAGGGAGAGGGAGGGGGAGGGGGUAAUAAGAGGACAGUAGCUGGGGCGGAUGUGGCUGCCAUGGCAGCAUCCCUAAAGGAGAAGGCAAGGAAGUCCCAGAAGAAGGCGUCGGUAGGAGAUGAGCGAGUGGCAACGUACUUGGCACUUGGUUCUUGAAUAGAUGCUCUAUAUCGUAUAUAGAGCAUGCUUAGUUAGUUAGUUUGUUAGUUCGUUAGGUAAAGACGUGGAAUGUAAAUGCG